CCGCGAUCCCCUCAGCUUGAAGCCGGAACAGUCAUUCCGCCGUCGCCAUGGAUCCGUCGCCGAACUCGCACCCGAUCCUCUCCUAUGUGCUCUCCCGCCUCCCGUCGAUCAUGACGGGUUCCCCGAGGCUCUCAUCCCCGCACGACCUCGAGCAGCCGCCGCCGCCGCCGUCCCCGUCCCCGCGCGCCCCGUCGGGCCCGGCGGAGUUUGAGCUCGUCGAGCGCAUGCCUGGCCUCCGCCACCCGUCCGUCCUCCGCUCCUUGACGCGCGCAGUCGCCGACAUCACCUGCGCACGCGACGCGCUCCGCCACCUCGGCCCCCGCCGCGAUCACGAGCUGGUCGACUCCGCCCGCGCCUUCCUCCUCUCGCACUCCCACGGAAACCUCGUCGGAUUGGAUAUCGAAGAGAAGGUGGUGGAGAGCCAGGAGGUGGUCCGGUUAGAUGAGGAGCACGAGGCUUACGGUGUCCUGCUGCGGGAGGCGGAGGAGAAGCUGGAGCGGGUGUACCGGAUGGCGAUGCACGGGAGGGACGUGGCGGAAGGGGGCGGCAAGAGAAGGGAGGACGAGGGAUCCGGCGGUGUGGACGAGGAGGUGGUGAGGCUGCUCAAGCAGGCGGAGGAAGGGAGAGUGGUGGAGCAGGUGCGCCUCGCCGACCGCCAGCUGCUCCACCUGCCUGAGCCCUUGGGCCGGAUCCGCGGCCUGCUCGUGCUCGACGUCUCGCGCAACCAGCUCCAGGCUGUCCCCGAUGCCAUAGGCGGGCUUCAACAUCUGGAACAACUCCGGCUCGCUUCCAACGUCUUGGUCUCCCUCCCGGAUUCCAUCGGGCUUCUCUCCAACCUGAAGGUGCUCGACGUCUCCGGCAACAAGCUCAGAUCUCUGCCCGACAGCAUCUCAAGAUGCAGGUCACUGGUCGAGCUGGACGCCAGCUGCAACGUUCUGGCGUACCUCCCGACGGGCAUCGGCUACGAGCUGGUGAACCUGCAGAAGCUCUGGGUGCACCUCAACAAGCUGCGCUCGCUACCGUCCUCCAUCUGCGAGAUGCGGUCCCUGCGAAUCCUGGAUGUGCACUUCAACGAGCUCCGCGGCCUGCCCUCCUCCUUCGGCAAACUGGUGGCGCUUGAGUCGCUCAACCUGAGCAGCAACUUCAGCGACAUGCGGGACCUGCCGGCGUCGUUCGGCGACCUGGUCGGCCUUCGCGAGCUCGACCUCAGCAACAACCAGAUACACGCGCUGCCGGACUGCUUCGGAAGACUGGAGCGGCUGGAGCGGCUCUGCCUGGACCAGAACCCGCUAGUGGUGCCGCCCAUGGAGGUGGUGGCCAAGGGCGUCGGAGCGGUGAGGGAGUACAUGGACAAGAGGCUGCAGGCCGAGGAGGAGCGGCGGAAGAGCGCAGCCGUGGCCGCUGAGAGCCCCAAGGCAUCGUCGCCAAUUGCGUGGCUGUCCCGGAGCGUGUCGUCUCUGAGCACAUGGGUUUCGGACGUCACCGGACCGGAGAAGGCGGCCGAGGACGACAAGUUCCUCGAGCAGGAGCUGUGACCUGUGAGCAAGGGCCAGCCAACACCUCCUCGUCUCGGUGCUCGAUCGAUCGAUCGAUGUAUAUACGCGUAUCGCUGCACGUAAUCAUUGCUGAAUACUCGCCUGCCUGGUAGGAGUAGAAUGGGACAACCGGCGAUAACCAUGCAUGCGAGCAUUUUUUUUUCUUCUUCUUCUUCCCUUUCCUAAUCUUCUUUUUAUGUUGUUUUUGCUUAGUGGACCAUCGUCCCUUUGCUAGUUUCAGUUGCCACGUUGCAUUGUUCAAUAAUGGAACUUUGCAGUAGCAUAGUUAGGUGUUGACAGAGAGGGCACGCUGUUGUAGAAAUAACAGGUUCGUUUGGUAUCGUAGCAACAGUGAUUACCUGUCUAAGCAGGGUGCCCUCGACUCAACACUGAUCGACUUUAGAUCUUUCUCUUGUUUGACGUUAUUGAUUCUCUGACACGGGAUUGUAACUUUUGCUUUGUCUC